CCUUGCGCAUGGCGUCGCCUACGAAAUUUGUCAACCUUACAAACGUGCAGAACAAUAUUGUUAGAAUUUUUAAUAAUUGCGGUUUUUGUUACAAAUUUUCAUAAACUUUUCAAUAUUAAUAAAGUGUAAAAAAAAAAGUUACGUUAAAAGAACAACACGAAAAUGGUAAAGCUGACAGCUGAGGUGAUUCACUUGAGCCACCAGUAUACAAAUGCCAUCAAAGAACGAGAACUAGACCUGAGAGGUUAUAAGAUUCCAGUAAUUGAGAACCUUGGAGCCACUUUAGAUCAGUUUGAUACAAUAGAUUUCUCUGACAAUGAUAUUAGGAAGCUGGAUGGAUUUCCGUUGCUGAGGCGCAUCAAAAGCCUCCUUCUUAACAAUAAUAGAAUCUUGCGUAUUGCAGAAGGAUUAGGUGAAGUCAUUCCAAACCUUGAAACCUUAGUCCUGACAAACAAUCAUUUACAAGAAUUGGGGGACCUAGAUCCACUGGCAGAAUUUUCUAAAUUAACCUAUCUGAGUCUAUUAAGCAACCCUGUAGCCAACAAGCAACAUUAUCGUUCUUAUGUGAUAAACAAGUUGCCAAGUCUUAGAGUCUUGGAUUUCCGUAAAGUAAAACUAAAGGAAAGAGAAGCAGCGCGAGAUUUAUUUAAAUCGAAGAAAGGAAAAGUAUUGGCAAAAGAAAUUGCACAGAAAAGCAAAUUUCUUUCGGCUGAAAUGGGAAAUAAAGCUCCGAUAGGAGGAGCGUCUGCAGAAGAAGCUCGUGCCAUCCGAGAAGCUGUCGCUAACGCGUCUACCUUGGAAGAAGUUGAACGCCUCAAUCAAAUGUUGAGAGCGGGUGUCGUACCUGGAAAAGCCACGAAAAGUCCCAGCAAAAACGGAAAUGCAAAUGGGGAAGACAUGGAGGAAGAGGAAGAUGAACCCAUGGAGAACUGAGAAUAUUACGGGUAAAUGAAAUGGUAUCAAGCUGUUAUGUGAAUGUGGUACUACACUUUGAUAAUAAAAAUAUCGCUACCCUGAACUAAAUAAGGUAGCAGAAGGGUGUUUUGAAGAUCACAA